AUGGGAACGUUCACCGUGAGAAAUCUGCGAGCUGACAUACAGAACGUCUCCAUGAGGCAAAGUCGAGCUCUCGGACCCAGUCUCGCGCGCUUUAUUGUUUGCUACAUUUGCGCUUGCGCGGUAGUCUAUUUCUAUUUCCGGUAUUACUUAACAGACGAGAGAGAUUAUGGUGUACCUAUUCCCGCAACUAUCAUUCACGAAAAUGCAUUUCGACCGCUAAAGACAUUAUCGCCUGAAAAAAUUUCAUCCUCGCCAAAUGAAUUAUUUGAGAAAUUGCAGAACAAAUUGAGGGGUCGAAAAUUAAGACCAGGUGUUUUCGGAAUGGUGAAUAGAUACAGUUGGCGAGAGUCAAAGGACAAGAGUAUUGAAAAAUCCAAGGUUUUAUCAAUUGCUUCAAAAGGUGGAGGAAGUGCUACAAGUCAAUUUGAUAACUACAGCAGCCAUUCAAAAAACUAUACCGAAUAUUUCAAUAGCAGGAAAAAUGAUUUGCCGUUUGAAAGGGAUUCAGGACGUAACGUGGAAAAUAUUUCAACUCCGGUUCCAAUUUCUGAAAAGGAGAACUUUGAUCUGGACUUUAUAGAGGUAAUUCAGGGCGACACUAAAGAUUCGUUCGUUUCUCGUCAAUUUCAAGAUUUCCGACGCCAGUGGUUACGUCAGCGUCGCGCACGCGUAGACUGGCAGAGUAUGAUUCAACCGUGCGUUGACAAUAUGGCCUGGGGACAAGUAAAGAGUCACUGGGGCAAACAAAACAGAACUAACGCAGUUACCAGUGAUGUGAUAUUUUGGGACAUAAAGCCUGUGGGGGAGUUUAGCAAAAUUUUCAUUCAAUCAAAGACCUCAGAAAAUAGAACGAAAAUGAUUGGUGGAGACACUUGGAGGGUCUACCUACGUGGCCCAGCAAGCGUUGCGGCGACUGUUUUUGAUCACAAUAAUGGAACUUAUGAAGCUCUGUUUCUUAUCAUGGAACCAGGUAUCUAUCAGUUGACAAUUUACCUGGAUUAUAGUCUAUGCGAUGGAUUCAGGGACCCACCGCGUGACUGGUUCAUAAAAGGGAAUGCUCAGGGAAAGUAUCAGAAAGAUGGGCUUCUGGGCCCUCUGGACGACUACUUGAUACAGCCCCUUCAGAAUGGGAAUCCUAUCAUUAUAAAUGUACCAGAAUCACGGCUCAACAUGUCUCUGCUAGAACACCUCAGGAAGGAUCUGGACUCGUGCAAGUACACCUGCGGUCACUUAUGGGAUGGAUUUGGUCGAUGGAAAAAUGAUGAGUGGAAGCCGUUUCUUGAUGAUUCUUAUGACUGGUCGAUGCCACAACAGUACCAGCCGGCUGGUUUUCUUUGGGUGUACGGGGAUUCUCUUGCUGUCCGCUUGGGGAACUCUGUUCAGUCGCGUGGCCUUUGUACCCGUCUUUACUGGAGAUGUUCGCAGAGUUACAACUGGAUAUACCCUGUGAUGAGCGAAGCUUUAAGUAAAGAACAGAACGAUGAUUUAGACUUCUCAUCUGAAAAGGUUAUAGGAACCAUUGUAGAUGUUUUGCGGCGGCGCGAGAUGCAACGGAGGGACAGUGUUCUACUCAUAAACCUCGGAAUUCAUUUUCCGAUUAGUAUCAAUUUUACAACAUUCCAGAGGCUUGUUGGAGACCUUAUAAAUGUCUUGAAGGAAACGAAAAUCGACUCACAGGGAAAUAGGGUUCCAAAGUAUCCUGCAAAGGUUAUUUGGAAAUCAUCGACAGCUAUUCACAAAGAAAAAGUGGAAAUAAAAAAUAAGACUAACUGGAGAUUCUUUACUACUCAACGAGUUCUUCUGUUCAGCACCUACGCCAUGUCGGCCAUGUGUCAAGCGGGUUUUGACGUCAUAGAUGUCUAUCCAAUGACCGACUCGUAUCCAAGGGGUACGCUGGAUGAGGUUCAUUAUCCCGACAGAGUUUUCCAUCUAAUGGAGACAAUGCUGGAGAAAUACAAGACAAAUGGCAAUAUGCGAGUGAACAUCGGGGAGGGUGGUAUUAGAAGAUGUCUUGGUUAGAACAAAACUAUUCUUGUACUGUUUCUUACGAAAGAUAAUGGUAUUUGUGUGAUCGAGAUUCCACCGCCUUGCUUUUGGGAGACUGGUACGUGACUAUGUAUCCGUGCUAUCUUCCAGGCCUUCUCGGUCAACCAUCAAGGUGCCUUUUUGUUUUGGAACAAAGAGACAACUGUUUUGCUAUGGAAAGUGGGGUCUUCACAUUAUUGCUAACUGAUUCAGUCGUAAAAGCGACGAAAGGUCCACAAUAUGAAGUCAAUAAGGUUACUAAGAGGUGCUGUCAUGUGAAAUCUGGCAUGAGCCGCAACUAGCGCUAAUGAAAACUAAGAACUUUCGGCCAUCAAGCGAUUAAACAUAACUACCAAACUGAUGCGUGUUAGCC